AUGUCCAAAAGGCCCAGACCCCAGUUACCAACAAUCCCAGAAGAUGCCUACUGUGAGAAACACCUGGAAACGCAAUUGCUGUUCUGUGAUGAUGACCAAAUCAGGCUUUGCACCAAGUGCUUCCAGUCCCAGGAGCAUGAGAAUCACUUGGUGUAUGGAGUACAAGAAGCUGCUGAGAAUUAUAGGAAAUUAUUCCAGGAGCGAUUGAUUACAUUGAUGGAGAAACUUGAAAUAGCUAAAAGCCUGUUAGCUGACGAGCAAGAAAGAAUGGUGAUGGUUCAGGGUGAGGAGCAGAAUUUUAAAGAGAUGCUUGAGUCUGAAUAUAAGAUGAUGUUUCGGUUGAUGACCGAGAAUGAGAUGAACUUCAAGAGCCUGCAAGGAGAUUGCAUAUUCAACCAGAACUUGAGAGAAGACCAUCUGAGUCAAAUGGUGGGGUUAGAAAUAGAGAAGAAAUUCCAGGAAGAGCUACAGAAACUGAACAAUUUGGGAAGAGAGAACAUGAAUAAACUGAAGGAAAGUGAAGUCAGGCUCUCUGAACAUAUCUGCAGCCUCGAAAAGAUCACCGCAGAACUAGAGAAGAAGUGUGGGGAAUCCACCUUAGCAUUGCUCCAGGAUGCAAGAUACUGUUUGGAACGGUAUGUUUUCAUUUUAGAAACAUUGGUGUCUGAGCCUGCCCAAAUCACAGACUUGAGUUUAUGCCAGAUUCCAGGAAUGAACAAAAUGCUGAAAGUGCUCCACAGAAUUAUAACUUUGGAUCCUAAAACAGCUCAUCCCUGUCUUGUCUUAUCUGAGGAUCUGAGAAGUGUAAGACUCAGAGAUGUUCAGCAGGAUGUACCUGGCAACCCAGGGAGAUUUGACUUCAGAGCCACUGUUUUGGGUGGGGAGAGCUUCACCUCCGGGAAGCACUAUUGGGAGGUAGAUGUACAAAAGACAACAAAGUGGCAGUUGGGUGUAUAUGAAGACCCUGCUAGCAGAAAGUGUGAUGUGCCCAAAGCUUCCGGAGAUAAAGUCUUACUCAUGUGCUUCAUGAUGGGAAGUGACUGGACCUUCUGGGUCUUUCCGCCUUUAAAAAGGGUCUCCUUGGGAGAGCAGAUGCACAAAGUUGGAGUUUUCCUAGACUAUAAGAAUCAGCAGAUAUCAUUCUAUGAUGUGACAAAGAGACUCCUCAUUUACAAUUUCUCACCUGCCUUCCAAGGAGCUCUGAAGCCUAUAUUUUCUCUCUGUAUCCCAAAUGGGGAUACCAAUCCAGACUCACUCCUUGUAAAAUUUCUAAAACUAAAAGCUGUGGAUGUUAAGAUUGAGAACUUCAAAGACAGUGAAUUUUAG